AAGAGAUUAAGUCUUUCUUCCAUACUGUGAUUCUUCCCUGUACCUCCAAGGAGAAGUUAAUACAGAAGAAUCGUCAGCAAUACGCAUUGCAGGAGGCGUAUUUACGUGCCUUUUCUUCCUCUGCUGUCGCUCUUGCAAUGGAUGAGUCCACCAUAUUGAGACACUGGGUGGAUACUGCUCUUCGCUGCAUCCGAAACACACUUAGUGGGGCUCUCUCCCUUACAGGGCUUGACUUUUUUACCGCUAUAUUCCUUUCAAGGCGAGCUAUUGCGCCUCUUUUUGUUCCAACGUACGUGGCAUUGAUGAUCCCAAUCAAAAACAAAACACGUUAUGGCGAGCCAUCAUUGUUUUUGGUGCGUCAUUUUGCAAAGGGUGUGCGGGCAACAUGUCAGGCACUCGAAGAAUGUGAUGAGCAGAUACUGGCAGGGAUGAUGCAAAACCCAAACUCAUCUUUAAAAAAAUUUCUUUUGGAAAUUUAUGGGGAGGGAGACGCCGCACCAUCUCUGGAUAAUGUGCGACCUAUCAGUUGUGUUCUUCUUAUUGUGUCAGCGCUCUUUGACAAGGUUUGUCUUAUUCUUGGCCACACUGCGAAGGCACAAACCGCCAUCGCCACUGCCUCCAGGCAAGAACGGAUUGCACGUUUCCAGGCGUAUUUUUCCGCACUUAUUAAUUUGCUGCGGUGUCGCUCGCGCCCUGUGCUUCAUCGUGUGUGCGCCUCAGUAGAAGCCGUCAUACUGGAGCACCUGCACGGUGUUCCGAGGGCUCAGUUGCAGUGGAUGAAGUACACCACAGCUACGGUGGACUUAAUUGAGGGAACGGGUAAAAAAGAGUUGGUGGAAUGGCUUCUGAUGUUGGAGGAAAAGGCAAGAGGUUCCAUUCCCCAUUCUCAACUCUAG